AUGGCUAUUCACUCAAGAUUUGGCAAGAUAAACUGGCGACCAUUGUCAUUUGAUAAGAGGGUACCUGUAAAUAAAAAUGUUAAAACUAAAAUCCAGCAGAAAAAUCCACAACCUAAAAAUGCAAAACAACCCGCACUCCCUUUAAAAAAACCACAAAACACACCUGGAAAGACUAAUGAUAAAAUUCCAAAAAAUAAUCCCAAUCCAAAGGAAGUCGUUCCAAAGACAAAGGAAACUAAGCCAAUAAAUAUGGAGAAGGAUGAGAAAGAUGAAAUUAAAAAGAAGGAUCCAAAAAAACCCAAAGAAUCCACUAUUUUAGGGGACAUAACUCCUACAAUUUUACCAGAAAAGUCACAAUUACCUUUUAAACAAAAUAAUUCACAAAAAUUAUCAAUUGGAACUAUCAUAGCAAUCGGCAUGAUCCUUCUUGGGGUGAUUAUUUUGGCAGCGUUUAUCGUUUAUCGAAAAAGGAUUAAUUCACGAAAAGGUGCGGUGCGCCUUUAUGAUGAUGAUGAUUCUCAAAUGAUUGAAAAACCAAGUAGAAUCACUUUAAGCGAUUAUAAUGAUUAUAAUAUUCAAAGAACUGAUUAUACGCAAGAUUAUAAUGAUUAUUAUCAAACGCGGCAAAGUAAUGCCUCAAGUUUCGACUCAUCAGUAGGAGGUUUUUUCCCUGUACCACCUCAAAGAAUUUCCGACAAUAGCAUCAGCCCUUCUACGCCAAAAAGUGCUACCUUCAGAGAUUAUAACAAUUUCUCAAAAAAUUAUCAGGGGAAUAGUUUUAAUGGUUACGGUCAAUCUCCAUCUUUACAACCACAGGUAGUUGCUGGUACGGCCUCCGAAGGAGAAGGAGAUGGCCCUAGUAUCCCUAAUGUUCGCCUUGCAUUCAUUACCGCAGCAGAUCAAACAAAAUUUGAGCAGCUUUAUAUACAGGGUUGUUCCGGGGGAAAAUAUUUAACUGGUGAAGGUGCAAAAGAAAUCCUUUUAAAGUCCAAAUUAGAUGCCACUACACUUUCUCAAAUAUGGAAAUUAUCAAACCUAUCAAAGAACAAUUAUCUUUCCUUUCCCGAAUUUGCUCUUUCCAUGUAUCUCACUAAUUUAAAACUAAAAGGAAUGUCAAUGGGUCAUACUAUGGGUCAAUAUCCUUCAGGUUUCCAAAAUAAUAGUAUGAUGCCUAAUAUGAUGCCUUUUACACAACGUAUGCUACCACAACAAAACCCUCAGCUACAAUAUAGCACGACUGGUAUAGUAGGAAAUGAGAAAAUUCCUUGGGCCGUGACACCUGAAGAAAAAGUUCAAUAUAGGGAAAUAUUUAGGCAAUGGGAUUCACAAGGAGUGGGAUAUUUAACAGGCAAGUUAUAA